AUGGCUGCUCCCGAUAAAUUUAAAGGCUUUGGCGUCCUGUCCCACGAACAAUGGAACCACCCGAAACUCGUCGAGUACCAGCGCCGGACCAUCAACCCCACCGACGUCUGUGUCGCCGUCGACGCCUGUGGCAUUUGCGGGCUGGAUCUCCACGUCAUCAAGGGCGCCUGGGCUCUGCCGUUACGCCGCAAAGACCUCGUUGUUGGCCACGAAAUCAUUGGUCGUGUCGUCGCCAUUGGUGGCGAAGUAUCGGAGUUUGAAAUAGGGCAGAGAGUGGGCAUCGGUGCCGCUGCUUUCGCCUGUGGCGAGUGUCGCCGUUGCCACCACGAUAACGAACAAUAUUGCCAUAAGAAAGUCGGUACGUAUAACACGGUGGACCCUUACGCUGAUGGCUACGUCACUCAAGGUGGCUACGCCUCCCACUGUGUGGCCCUGCAACAGUUUGUGUUUGCCAUCCCCGAUGCCAUCGAGCUGAAACACGCCGCUCCUUUAAUGUGUGCUGGUCUCACCGUGUACUCUCCCUUACUGAGAAACGUGGGUUACGAACGCCGCAAGCAAGUGGGGAUUAUUGGCCUUGGUGGUUUAGGGCAUCUCGCAGUGAUGUUUGCUCACCAUAUGGGCCAUGAAGUCACUGUGUUCUCUCGUCUGCUGGCUAAAAAGGAUCAAGCAUUCCAGUUAGGUGCUGACCACUUUGUGGCCACUGGAGAAGAGGAAGGAUGGCCUCAAGCACGGAGCGAUACCUUUGACUUUAUCCUUAACUGUGCUUCUGGCGUCGACGGUCUUGCCCUUGAGGAUUACGUCAGUACUUUGGCCGUACACGGUAAAAUCGUGUCGGUGGGUUUACCGCCUAGUGGCGAUAAGUUUGAGGUGUCGCCGCUGACUUUCUUGCGGAGUGGGUCGCUGUUUGGGGCCCUGUUGUUAGGGCUGAAGGAUGAGGCUAACCGUAUGCUUAAAUUGGUGGCGGAAAACGGGAUUAAGCCGUGGAUUGAAGAAGUGCCGAUUUCCGAGGAAGGCUGCCAUGAAGCGCUUACCAGAUGUGAUAAAGGUGACGUGCGCUACCGGUUUGUGUUCACUGAUUUCGACAAGGCCUUUGGUAAUAAGUGA